AUGGCCAACGACGGAGAAGGAAGCGUUUGCGAUCAUGGAGUCGUGCAAACGGCUCGUGUACCUCCUGCUGCGGCUGCAGAGAUUCCGACUGUUUACGGAUCAUCGGAAUCUGUUGUACAUCUUCAACCCGUUGGGCUACAACUCCAACAUGGCGCGUUACCAAGCCCACAAGUUGCAGCGGUGGGCCAUGUCAUGACGACGUUCCCGUACACCCUCGAGCACGUAGCCGGGGAUGCCAACGUCUGGGCAGAUUUGCUGAGCCGCUGGGGAGCGGCCCCUCUGCCUGCGCAAGUUGCGCGAAUUUGGGACCCUGACAAGGCAGUGGACUUGCAGCAGAAAAUCUGUAUCAUUGCCCAUCAAGGUGCCGCUGGAUACCGCGGCGUGGACGUUACGCAGAAGGGCGUACUAGAUCGGUUCGAUUGGGCGACAGCCAAGGAAGACAUCAAGGCCUUCGUCGGUGGCUGUUUGCAUUGCCUCUGUGUGGACGGAGUCGUGGUUCCGCGUCCAUGGGGCGCGGCAUUGCAUGCGGAACGCCAUAACGAGCUGAUAUACUUCGACUGGCUGCAGCUGCCUCCAGCCUCGAACGGCUGGAAAUACGUGCUUGUCGUGAAGGACGACAUGAGCGGGUUUUGUCGCUUGUUUCCCUCGGCUACAGCGGACGCCGAGAAUGGCGGCAGCCAUUUCAAGAAAGAAGUGGUGGACAAGAUCAAGAAGAAGAUCGGAGCCCACCACCAUAUCACCACGCCGUACACGCCAUGGGCGAACGGGACGGUAGAAGUGGUGAAUAGCCUCGUGAAGCGCGGAUUCAAGACCCACCUCAGCGAGAUGAAGUUGCGACCAGACGAAUGGCACCGUGUAUUGCCGCUUGUUCAAAGUUCCCUGGACCACCAGUCGGCGGAUCGGCUAGGUGGUGUGUCCCCGGUGACGGCUUUUCAAGGUUUGCCGUCAACACCGCCGAUUUCUGGGUUCGUACACCCAAGGACGAAGGAAGUGGAGACCGUGGACUGGCUUGCCAACACAAGGAAGAAGCAUAUGGCCGAGUUGCGACAAGCUCUAGACGACUUGCAUCUAAUGUCACAUUGCAAAGCGAGAAGUUACGCAGGCAAGCCAGGGACCUGCAUGGGCGAAAGAAGAACGUCCGCAUGGCGAAAGUUUGCAGUCGGCGAUAUCGUACUUGUUGGCUGGGUGCUGAAGUACCCGAACAAGUUGGCCCUGAAUUGGAAAGGGCCAUACCGCGUGUCACGAGCGGACUCCGACUACGUCAUGGAAGUUCAGCAACUGGUGGAGCCGUACGAGAUAUCGUUGCACCACGCCAGUCGGCUCAAGUUCUUUUGCGACGCGGACCUAGAUGUGACAAGUGACCCGGUGGAUUACGCCGCGUUCGGUGACGAAGGUUUCUACGUCGAGGCCCUCUUGGCGGCGCGUUGCAACGAAGGAAGACAUGAAGUUCUGGUCAAGUGGAAGGGGCUAGAAGGAGAAGAAGCGUCUUGGGAACCUGCAUCCCAAUUGUACGAAGACAUUGCGGUUGUGAUGCGGCGUUGGAUUUUGAAGAACGCUGGCAAAGAAGAAAUCAAGGCGCUGCUGGCGGCCUUAGAAGAAACGCUCGGACACUCUCUCUAG